AUGCUCGUCACUCUGCGGCACUCGUCCGCAGGCCUCGGCGCCGCUGCAUACCUGCCCCGAGCAGCCGGCUGCAGUGGAAGCCCCGCCCUGCUGCUUCGCGUCCGCUCGCAGUCCAUCAGCGCCGUUCGCCCUCCGGUCAAGACCCAGGUCCGCGCAAACUCUUCUUCGACGCGUCCUCCCUCCAGGCCCAAGCCCGAGAAGCAAGAAGCAAGCGACACCACCGACGGCACACUCAAGAAGAAGGAAGCUGCCGCCGGAGGCAAGGAGUCGUUGAGGAGCAAGGUGAAGCGCGCGUGGAGGACGCCGACCAAAUGGUUCCCCAUCCCCAUCGCCCUCGGUGCCCUCGUCCUCGUCGCCGUUCAGUACCGCAAGCAACGCAAGGAGCCAGAGGUCGUGUCCCAGCGUGAGGGCGGUGCCGUCCUCAAGCCCUCCAUCGAUGGCCCAUGGCAGGUCCGUAUCAUGGGUGCGCUCCCUCUGCGCAGCAUGUCGCAGCUGUGGGGCUACCUCAACUCGCUCGUCCUCCCUGUCUGGUUCCGUCCCUAUGGCUUCAAGCUCUACUCGUACAUUUUCGGCUGUAACCUCGACGAGUGUGUACCGGAAGAUCUAACGCAAUACGAUUCACUGGGAGAGUUCUUUUACCGUGAACUGAAGCCCAACGCCCGCCCCAUUGCCGACGCCGAGCUUGUGUCGCCGGCCGACGGUCGUGUGCUGCACCUCGGUUCCAUUGUUGGCUCAAAGGUGGAGCAGGUCAAGGGCAUCACAUACUCUCUCGAGGCUCUGCUCGGUACCGAGGGCCAGGCGGUCCACACCAAGCAGAUUGACAGGCAAGCCGCUUCGUCGUCUGUUGGUGGCGGCGAGACCCCCGUGGUGGACGACGAGCAUUUCGCCAACAUCAACAACAUUCCAUACUCGCUGUCGUCGCUCAUGGGCAAGGACGGCGCUGCCGAGGUCCGCGAGGACAGCACCGAGCGCGACGAGGACGAGCACGACGCCUCGGUUGCCGAUGCCCGCAAGGACUUUGCCCACGACGCAAAGGUCGCUGCCGAGAUGGGUCGCUCCGCUAUUGGCAGCGCCACCGACCGCGCCCACGAGUUUGGCACCCUCCGUCCCGACCACAAGCUCAUGUUCUGUGUCAUCUACCUCGCUCCCGGAGACUACCACCGCUUCCACUCGCCCUGCGCCUGGGUCGUCGAGCGCCGUCGUCACUUUACCGGCGACCUCUUCUCCGUUUCUCCCUACGUCGCCAACCGUCUCCGCAACCUCUUUGUCCUCAACGAACGUGUCGCCCUCCUGGGCCGCUGGAAGAACGGCUUCUUCUCCAUGGUCCCCGUGGGCGCCACCAACGUCGGCUCCAUCCUCAUCAACUUUGACGAAACCCUCCGCACCAACACCCGCACUCGCACCCACCCGGCUCACACCUUUACCGAGGCCGUCUACUCGCAGGCCUCGGUCCUCAAGGGCCAGCCGCUGCUUCCCGGAGAGGAGAUGGGCGGCUUCCGUCUGGGCUCGACCGUUGUGCUCGUCUUUGAGGCCCCCAAGAACUUCCAGUUUACGGUCAAGCCCGGAGACAAGGUGCGCGUCGGCCAGGCCCUCACCGAGGAGGAGGUGCCCACCACCGACAUUUAG